UAAUUCCAUAUUCUAUUCGAACGACCGCGCAGGGAGGUUUAAUCACGUUAUGUGCCAUGCGAAGCGCUGCGGUCCGCCAGUGUACAGUUCAAGAAUGGACGUCUAUUGCCCCAUUAGUGUACAGAGUCGGGAUAUUUGUAUGUGUACAUAACUUGACAUAACCGUAGCCGAAAAAAAAAAACAAUAUUUCUUUGGUCACAUACAAAUUGAAAACAAAAUUUGCGGCACAGUUUGUGUAAAAGAAGGGAAACGGUAAAAUGGGUAAAACACGAAACGGGAAAGCUGCUGUUAUAUGUACAGCGAUCGCUUUCAUCUUAAUUGUGAUCGCGUUCACCACACCCAACUGGCUCGAAACAGACGGAAAAUUGGAAAAUCCGCAGUUCAUUAAAAUCGGUUUGUGGCAAGUGUGCUUCCAAGGAUUUGAACAUCCGCAUCAUCUGUAUGACACAAAAUUUUAUGGAUGCUGGUGGGUGUUCGAGGAAGAAUACUAUAUAAUUCACGACAUCCUUCUGCCAGACUUUUUCGUCGCUACGCAGUUCUUUUUCACUCUGUGCCUGACUUUAUUGUUAAUAGGAGGUUUCUUAACUGUAUUAUAUACGUGUUGCUCACGGCAUCACGAUAAAUAUCAAUUGCUCCUAUGGACAAUCGGUGGAAACUUGUUGUUAGGUGGAAUCUGUGGCCUUAUAGCCGUUAUAAUAUUUGGUGCGAGAGGAGACGGCAGAGACUGGAUGCCGAAUUGGGAGCACAAUGAUAUUAGCUGGUCUUAUGCAUUAGCUGUAUUAGGGAGCUUUAUUCUAGUUGCAUCUGGUAUGCUGUUCUUGAUCGAAGGUCGUAGACACAGAAAGAAACAAGAAAAGAUACUGCACGAGGAACAGAAGACGCAUACAACUAUUUAAAUGGAGCGUAGUUCUUCUUCAGAGAAAAUGACAAAAUGCAAUCUCCAAGCGCAUGGUUCCGCUGUGAAUUUAAAUAUGUAGACUCAUUCUUUCGUAUGCUCCACACAGAUUCUUUUAAGACUAAGAUAUUUAUACUCAUUAUUUUUGUAAGUGUUGUCUACGUAACACUCGAAGAUCUUUUUUAACUUAUGAACCACAAUGAUGUUUUAAGUAUAUUUUAAUGAAACGGAGAGAUGAUAUUGGAAGAAGUAUUUUAUAACAGUAUAACUGUUUUUACACAAAUAUAUUAUGCACACAUUGUUCUGUAAGAUAAUUAAGUAACGAUUCCAUCCAUAGGUGUAAGAAGCUCUAUGAAGAGACUAGGAGUUUGUACAUAUAACUAGUAUUACUUGUUUAACUGAAAUCUAAUUGCAUGGCCUUAACAAAUAUUAUAUGUUUGUUAUAUUCUUUUUAUAUCGGAAAAUUGUAUGAGAAGUUGUAAACAAUAAAAUAACUUGUUCAAAAUC